GCGUUGGGUUUGUACUCGACCGGACGCUGGCGCUGGUGGGUGGCAGCUCGCUGUACGUGCGGUACUGCAGCUUUGAGGGAUACAAAUACCUGUUCUACGUGUACAGGCUCAGUGUGAGUGGCCACUCCGUUUUUGCGCUGCUCAACAAUACGAUGUUCUCCGGGGUAAGCCUGCUGUAUCAACACCACGGAUUCAGCGUGUCGGAUCACAGCGUGUUGCGCGUGGCGGGGAACAGCGGCUCAGCUCGUUACGCCAUCUAUAACGAUGACUUGUGGACUGUUCAGCGGUCAAGCUGGUUGGAUUGGCGCGACAACGACGUGGAAAUGGGUGCGAUGUUCUACGACAGUGGAUCCGCUUUUGUGACCAUUGACAGCAGCAGUGUUGUGACGCUGACGGGCUGCAGGAUGGGCUCGACGGGGUUGUCUGUUCCUUUGCUAUCGCGGGCUGACGCCGGCUACCGGUUUGUUGCUGGGUGUCUGACGGUCGCGGGACGGGUGGUGACGACGGCGGCUGAACUGGAUCUGAACGGCAUCACCAACGUGACGGCUGUUGCAGUGUGCGGGGAGUGCACGAAGGACGGCGACUGCUUUGCCCCGCUGACGACGGCGGUCAUUGACUGCAAGUGCCAGUGCGCUGCUGGAGGGCACGGCGAUGUGUGCGUCCCGGCGCCUGUGCCUGCUGGCCCGCCACCGUUACCGCCGUCAUCUCCCCCGCCACUGCCAUCGCCGCCAGCACCACCACCACCGCCGGUUGGUGAGUGCAUCAGCGACAUGGCGUACCCCGAGGUGGCGCAGGCAGUGGGCAGCGGGCUGUCGUGGCUGUGCUACCGCAACGUGACGUUCAGCGGGGGCGGCAUGAGCCUGACGGUGCUGAUUGGGGGGAUGAAGGGCGACGUGGCGAACGUCACGUUUGAUGGAUGCACGUGGAGGGACGGCGCCCUGCUGUUGCUGUUGGGCAACGCGAACGCCGCUGUGGGGUCGCUGAACAUUGUUGUCACCGGCAACACUUUCCGUGACGCGCUUCUCAGCCCGAAGGGUGGAUUUCCACCGCACACGAACAUCACGAUCAGCGGGAACCGCUUUACGGUCACGAGACUGAUCCCUCGGUCGGGUUUGGGCCUUGGGAGGCCGUCGUGCGUUGUGAUGAAUGGGCUGGCGAUCAGCAACGGCUCCGCGGCGGUGUUCAGUGGCAAUGUAUUUCAGAGCGUGACGGCAUCGUCAAGCGCCAUUUACGUUAUCAGAUCUGCGCUGAGUGUGUUGUGGCACUCCGUGUUUGCGGUGGUGGGCAACACGUUUCAUAUGGCUGGCGGUGACAGUACGCUGAUAUAUCUUGAAGGGUCUAGCCAAUCAUUUUCACUAAGUGUAAUGAACAACUCUGCCGUGGUGAUCCGAGGCAACGCUGUGACGAGACCGGUGAAGUACUUCAUUUUAUUUCUUUGGACAUCACGUGUGGAGUCUCGGUCAGCGGUUGUGUUUCAUGGCAACGACAUGCAGGGAAACUUGGCUGUGUUUUAUUCAACUUUUGCCGCCAACAUCUACUACAACUCCUGGCUGCAGUUGAACGGCAACCUUUGCCGCGUGUCUCCACGGGAUGCGUUUGCUGUGCUGAGCCCCACGGUGAAUCUCCGCGAUUCCACGAUGUCUGUGUCUGGCAACCGAUUCAUGUCCAACACCGUCUCGCCAACAAUGCUGCUGAUACCUCAAAGUUCCCGCGAUCUCACAAACGGAGCGAUUGUGGCUGCGUGCAACACUGUGAGCGGCGAGGAAGGAGUGGAAUACAGUGUUCCGUCCGUGUACAAUGUCACCAUCUUAAACUGCAGUGAUCCAUGCACCCUCGCAGCGUCGUGCUUCCCCGCGUACACGACGACGGCGUCGAGUGAUGGCUGCGCCUGCACGUGUGCUGAGGGCGGCUACGGCGAUGCGUGCCUGCCCGUUGCUGCUCCCGAGCCGCCGAGCACCGACGGAGCCGACUUGUGCGUGCGUGACGUGCGUGUGGAUGAGGAGGUGAACGCCGGUCUCGGGACGUCGGUGUUGUGCUACGUUGAUGUGACCUUUGCGGCGGACGUCGUGGUGGACGUGGCGUCGAUGUCGGGGAGCGUGCGCAACGUGACGCUGGCGGACUGCACGUUUGUGGGCGGAGCGAGCCUGUACGUUGUUGGGUGGCGGUCCGACCCGCCUGCUGGCGAGCGCGCCGAUGUGUUGAUCAGCGGGCUUGAGUCGCGCUCCGGCGGCGUGGUGGUGGCGAACCGAUUUCCGUCGGGCUCGCGCGUCACUGUGGUGGACUCGGUGCUGAUCGCAGAGAAGCGUGUUGCGUACCGCGGCGCCUACGGCCUUGGCGACGCCUCCGCGUGCCUCGUGCUGCACAGCGUGAAUCUGACUGGGAGCGUGCUGACCAUCGCGCGCACGCAUGUGGCGGCUGUGUUCCGCGACGCUGUUGGCGUGUUGGUGGUUGGCGGCGUGGCGCUGUCGUCGCGCGGUGCGCUGUACGUGGACAGAGUGUUGGUGCAGACGGCGCUGGGGCUUUGCGUGUCGGUGGAGGGCGGCGUUGCGGCCAUUGGCGGCUCCGUGGUGGCGUUUGUUGACAGCGACUUCCUGCUGUGCAAGCACGCGGUGUCUGUGCGUGGGGCUGUGAGCGUGUCGGGCUCCGCCGUGGCGCUUGUGCGGAGCGAAUUUUUGUCGACGGAGGACUACGCGGUGGCGUUUUAUUCGACGGUGAGUCUGGUCGGCGGGUCGAUGCUGCUGGCGAAGGGCAACGUGCACGACGGCGUCUCGAGGGAGAUGCUCUACGCCGCUGGCGCUGUGACCGCUGCUGGGAGCACGCUGAGCUUUGUGCGCAACCGAGCGCUGCUGCCACGAAUGCUGUCGGUGAGCCUGUCGCUUGCGUCUGGGGCGCAUUUGAGGGUGGCGUGCAACGACGCUGGUGGCCGUGUCCUGUCGACGGCGGAGGAGUACGCAGCGGCAGGUUUUGACGACGCUGGGAGCAUCGACAUUGUUGGGUGCGACGCCUGCGACAGGGACACGCACUGCUACGC